UGAAAAACGAGCUUUAUAAUUUAAAAAUCAAUACGAAAUAAGUAGAUCUUCACAGCGACAAGCGAGUAUAUAACUUAUUGUACAAAGUCAAUGAUUUAAGGUUUAUUUACGGAUAUUUGAUGAAAGAUGGAUGACGAGGAAAAUCCUUUUGUUGAUGCAGUAAUUACUGUAUAUAAUUUCAUCGCCAGCCUAACGCGAAACAGAGCGCGACAACCCAUGAAAACAAGUACACUUGUCCUAAGGCAUGUAUGCGAAAUAAUUAUGUUGACACUAGUACUAUUUAUGAUGAGAGAGGAUAGUGAUAGGGAAAGUCUUGUGAUGAUAAUUAAAAGAUUACUCAUAAUUUUCUAUAUAUACUUAACAAACAGAGCAUUUAGUUUGAAUAAGAGCCUUCUCUAUAGUGUAGUGAUGAGGACAAAUGCGUUUCUUAGCCUGCAAUUUAUGGAAUCGGCGUUAUUACUUCAAUUUCUUAUUGUUAUUAAUAGUUUAUUCACCAUACCAAUGUUCUUGCUGCUCGGCGGCCUACAAUCAUUUUUGUUUUAUUACUUUUUCUUCAAUAUAGUUACGCCUUACAUUUGUAAGAUGUUGGCUGACUAUAUUGUCUUGAUGAUAGAAACCAAAUCAUUCUAUACUCCUUCAAUUUAUAGACUGUAUGUCUUAGUACAAUGUAUACAUGCGUUACUAGCAAUUGUUCUAGUAUUUCUAGCAUACUGGUUCAUUUGGAGGAGUGGUUUUGUUCCUUACCUAUACCAUAAUGAUGGUGUAGUGACACAGUAUCAACAGUUAGUGACACAGUAUGAACAGUUUAGUGUUAAUGGUAUACGCAAAUGUUCUGAACAGGAAUAUUUAUCAAGAAUUGAUUUGGAAGAUAUAUAUCGCAGACAGACAUAUAGCACGUGCUCAGCAAUUCCUGGAGAAUAUGUGACAUUCAACUGCAAAACAUUCAGUGGCGGAUUUACUGAUAAAAUUACCUUCACAUGGUUGAAAGAUGAGAAAGAAAUUAAGAAUAACACUAAAUAUGUCAUAACAUUUAGACAAGAAUUGUUUUCCCCGACCAACUUUUACCUGUCUAGUUCUAACCUAACAAUACAUGAUAUAAGAGAUCAAGAUUAUAACACAUAUACAUGUUUAAUAGUAAAUAGACGCAAUCAUAAAUAUUUUGAGAAGAGACAUAGCAUUUCUCUGGGUAGAUACACGGGAAACCAAUAUACUGUCCGUGCGCCGCUUGGGUAUCUAAUAAAGUUAAAGAAUAUUUUCCGUGUUAGGUUUAAAGAUACAAUUUCAAAUACAACAUUUACUUAUAUAAAUUUUAAUAGUCUGUUUCCUCUUGUAGCAUCCCCGUUUGCAUUUUGCUAUCCGAGCAUCACAAAUUAUCAUUGGCUUGAUGAAACAAAAGCACGUCAGGUUGUUGAAUCUGAGUUUUGUACGUUUCGUUUUUAUGGGAAAUAUACCUUAAAAAUAGUGUUAUCAUCCGGUCUGACAAUUACACACCCAAAUUCAUUGUUAGUAUUACCUCAGAUUACUGAAAAUCUGAGAGACACUAAAAAUGUGAGAUUAUAUGACUCUGCUUUGUACAGAAAUGCACUCGCUAAAUACCAGUCUAAUUUUGAUUGGUUUGAAGACACAGAGACAUUUUUAAUUAAUUCUGUAGAGGAAAUGUUGUUUGAAUUCAACAGAGAAAUUGAAAAUACUCUUCGAUUCAAUGUAGUUAUUUUGAUUGCGGCGUGUUUCAUCCUCGAAUAUUUAUUUUAUAUAAACCUGCGCUUUCAUAUAGUGAGUCCUGCGGAUUUAUAUACAAGGUCUUCGCCUAUGAAAAAGGAGUGCGAUGUCUUCUUAUUUUUCUGUGAAAGUUGCGUAAAUGAUUCAGCUUUUGCAAUGGAAAAACUGGCAAAUCAUUUGGAAAUGCAUGAAUUUACCGUAAAGAUAUGUGAAAAUAUAAGAGCAGGAAGACCGAUACAAGAAACCUACAGAGAGGAAAUCGAAAAAUGCAAAAAGAUUAUAGUAGUGUGGUCUGAUCAAUUUGCAACUGAUGAUGACUGUAUGUUCUUUCUUAGGUCCGUUUUACCAAGUCUCCAUCGGGAUAAACUGAUUGAUCAAAAAGACAUCAUAACAAUUAGUUAUAAAUGUAAUGUUAUUCCAGCAAAGGUUUAUGAAAUUCUACAUAAAGAUUACUCAACAGUCAUUUUACGAGAAUCAGAAGUUGAGUUAGAUCGUGCAUGUUACAUUAUUGAAAAAUCGAUGGCUGAGGACAGUAACAUAUUUGAAAAAUUCCGGAAACUUAUCUUUGUUCGUUUAGUUUUGAAUGCCAGUGUGAUAAUGUACAAGAUCCUUCUCAUGAUGAUCAUACCUCUUUACAGAUUGUGUAUGUCAGUGUUGGAAAUUAUUGAAUAGAUUACAUAUUCCAGUCUUUAUCCAAUAAAAUAUGUCUUUGUAACUUUGUUUAUAGCAGAAUACAGAAAAAUCUAUAUUUUUGUAACCAUUUUGACAGAUAUUUCAUACAUGAAUUUGUUUCAUACCGCUGAAAAAAAUAGUGUGCGUCCUUUAUUACAGUACAGAAUUAUUCAUUUUCAUUAGCACGAAGUAUACGUUAGAAUAAGUCUGGUUUUAUCUUUCCAGUUUUGUUACAUAAACGUGUUUGUAAAUUAUAUCUCUUUGAAUUACAAAUUACAUAUGUCCCAUAUUUAUAAAUGGUACAUCUGCAGACAGAGAGCUGUAACACUUAAUGAAGCGGGAAAGAUACAUAUUCGGCGUAAAGGAGAUAUUCAUUUAAAGUUAUAUUUAAUCACGCUGUUUGAGUGGUACGUGUACAUAUCAAACAUUCCAGUGAACCUUGGUGAACAGUCCCUGGUCUCAAGAGAAUAUGCUCUGCCACCAACUAAUUGACUCUUAAGCUACGAUAUAACUUGUCCAAAUACUAGAGCUCAGCUCUACCUAGCAUCACUAUAUUCAUUUCCCUUCGUUAUACUGUAUCAAAGGAACAUAACUUAAACAUUCUGUAUACCGCUUAAUAACAUAACAUAACAUAACAUAAAUUUUAUUAGUCUUAAGCAUAAACAGCUCAUCGACAUAAACACAAAUAAAUAUUCACGAGCAUGCGUAAAAACAUAUAUAGAGCAAAACAUAUUAUAUAUCGAGAAACACAUAAACACAUAUUGCAAAAUUCUUCUGACAUUACAAUUUAAGUUAAACCAUGAUUUCUGAUGUAAGAUUGUCUUCGUUUAAAAGCCUUAGUAAUGAAUAAGGCUAACUUAUUAAGCACUGACUUGUUUGAACAAUUUAACAAUUCGAUAAAUUUGUAUACACUUGUAUUUCUAUAGUAAUACAUUUUAAUGUAUUUUUUCCUUAAGUCAUUAUACAAUGUACAUUUUAAAAUGAAAUGGAAUUCAUCCUCUAUAUCAUUUAAAGCACAGAACGAACACAGUCUUUCAUUUCGUGGAAUUGGAU